UCCCCCGUCGCGGUGUCCCCUCCCCCGUGCCGGGGUCCCCCCGGUGUCGCCCCCCGUGUCCCCCCCAUGGAGAACUUCCAGAAGGUGGAGAAGAUCGGCGAGGGCACCUACGGCGUGGUCUACAAGGCGCGCAACAAGGUGACGGGAGAGGUGGUGGCACUCAAGAAGAUCCGCCUGGACACGGAGACCGAGGGUGUCCCCAGCACGGCCAUCAGGGAGAUCUCGCUGCUCAAGGAGCUCAACCACCCCAACAUCGUCAA